UUUUGACAUUUAGUAAUAUUGACAAGUGUCAAGUGAGAUUAAAUUGACGAAUUUUGAUUGAAAUUCUCUAUUUCCCUAAAAUAAAUAAAACUGCUAUAAACUUUGCGAGUUAAUUGGUGACAUAAAUUUUAAAAGAUAGUGUUGAUAAGCGCAUCGUCAUAUUUUCUAACACCUUACAAGUAAGGUUAUUUCAGUGUUUCAAAGUUUCAAAACUUUUACAAUGGAUAUGAUUAAGAAAAUACAACAAUACAUCAAAUACAUGUACAUCAGGUACCUUCUGGUUACUGAGCUGUACAUGGUGGAAACUUGGGAGCAGAUUUUAAUCCAUCUGCUCUUCCUGGUGUUGUUUAUUGGUUUCUGGUACUUCAACUAUUCCAUCCUGAUGAGUGGCAUCGGUCCACUGAAGUUGCAGACACUUGGAGAUAUGGGUAUACAAGCUGCAUAAGGCCACUGAUAUUACAAUUUAGAAGGAAUCCUCUUAAUUAUGAUUUAGAUGUUACCAAUAAGUUUGUUCAUAAAUGCUUAUAAUGUAAAAUAUGAAAAUGUUGACAAAAACUUAUUUGGUAACAGUAGUGAAGUCCAUAUAACGUAAUUCCUGCUGGAUUCCCAUUAUAUAGAAUCUGAUCAUCAUCAGAACAAUUUGUAAACUGCAUUUAUGCAUAUACGUGCCUAUAUGCUAGAGGGUUCCUUUUCAGAAAAUUUCACCAUAAGCUACUACUUGGUAAUGUUAUUGCAAUGUGUUAAUUUACUAGUUCAGAAAGAAGGAAAUAGACAAUUUGGCUAAUUUAAGUUUUGUAUUUCAUGAAUACUUGUUUAACAAUAUGACAAUUUCAUUAUUUUGAUUGACAUAUAUUUGCUCUCUGAUUAUUUAACAGCGGCAAAAUGCCAAAUAUUCAUGUAUGAGGUAUUGUACAUUCAAUCAUUAAAGGCACAUUUUUUCUAACCUAAUGUUUUUAACCCUUUAAUAAGCUGUUGUAUUUCCAUUUUAAAACAAUCUACAAUUGAGAAAAUUGUCACCUUGUAUGUAUUUGUUUCAAUAAGUCAUAGAUAUUCAACAAUAAUAAAUGUACCAAGGAAAUUAUGCAUAAUUAUGACUUGUUACUGUGGCUUUUAAGGAUGCAAGUUAAUUUAUUUUUGUUGUGUGUAUUAAUGAAGGUGUGAAGUUGAUUAGUAUUAAGAUUAUGAAUAUAUGAAAUAUAUAUUUUUGUACAAAAAAAUUUAAUACUUUGGAAAAAUUAUUCACUGUAGACUCCUACCUAAUCAAAAGAUAUUUCUUUCUAUCAUUUAGUUGUCAUUUUCAUUCAAAUUCCUAGUGUUUUAACAAGUUUCCACAAGUUCUUUUUUUGAUCUUGUAUUAGUUUAAUUUACUUUAAGACGUUUUAGUUACAUAUUCAUUGAAAACUUGAAAAUACCUAUUUUUUUCCAUUAUCUUAAGUGUAAUGAAAAUAUUUAUAUUGGAAAAGUUUGAACGGUAUUGGAAAGGGUACCAAGCAUAUUGUUAUUUUUGUAUUACUUAAUUUUUAUAAUUAAAUCAGUGUUACUAUGUGUAUGUAUUGAAUAUUCAUUCCACAAUAAAUCGUGUUGUAGUAUG